AUGCCUCAGAGCGAUGCCAGAUGGCCAGUGCAGAUGCAGACGAAUUCCUCGGAGUACCACAGGCCAUCCAACUGUCCAGACGCGGCAAUCUUCACCGGAAGUAGCAGCUUCCAACCGGACACUCCGUCACAAGCGAAAUGUCCCGCAGCUGCCAUCAAUCCCACCAGGCGUCUCGCCCGCACAGCCGGAGGAUACCACUUCGAAUUGUCGACAAACAACUUUACCAAAGAGACAUUGAGUGAGAACGUGUGUCGUCUAUUCGAGGCCACAGAGGCUGUGGAAACGGGUCCCACUGUGAGAACCAAGACGGGAAACCAGUGUGAAGUGGCCUACUAUGAAGACCGCAGCCGGGAAGCUGUCUUUAUGGUGUGGGAGAAGCCUGACGCAGGCAACGGUAGCGGGGAGCCAGUGUUCGAUUUUUUUGGCACGUUCGUUUCGGACAACACACAGUUCCUUGUGCAGCCACCCGAUAGCGCAACAGGAAGUCACAGCCUGGCGCAGGUGCAAGACGUGAGCCCAACCGAGACGGACUUCCGUUUAGACCCGGAGUUCGAUCAAAGCAUGUUGGAGAAAGCGACGGAGAUACUGUCAGACGAACAAUUGCGGACGAAGAGACAGGUCACACCUGCAUCAUACAUUGUUGAGGUUUUCUUCGUGAUCGACUACGGCUUGUACUCAUUUUGGUAUAAUCAAACGACGGGCGAGAGUGCAGCCAGAAAAGCGAGCGCACUGAGCAAAAUCAAACAGUUCUACGCAUUCGUCCUCAACACAAUGAAUCUCCGAUAUGAAAGUGUCACUGGUUCCGGAUACACCAUCUCCCUUCGGUACGCAGGCAUCUACAUCGCUGACAACGCCACCGGCGCCCCGUUUGUCCAAGAUAACUUACGAACGGACAAGGUCAACGGCCGGUCUGCAUUUGUCGCCGACACGGUAUUAGCUGCGUUUACAGCCUGGGCCAACACAAAUUUGGCCAACAAACACAAAUAUGAUCACGCCAUGAUGUUCUCCGCCUACGACAUGGGUGCGCUGAAUGGCAACACGUUUGAAGCUGGUGUUGCUGGACUGGCUUACACCCCCGGGGUGUGCGGCAGCCAACGUUACUCCAUUGUUGAAGACCACUUUAACGCCAUAGUUGGAACAGUGGCUGCACAUGAACUUGGCCACAACCUGAAUGCAUCACACGACGGCAAUGGAAACAAUUGCAUUCCAAAUGACAACUACAUAAUGGCAGCCGAAUCCUCCGUGAACCAAAAAGACGCUGCAGUAAAUCUCCGCUUGUUUCGGUUUUCUAAUUGCUCUAUCGCCUACUUUACCAACUAUAUGACAAAGCUAAACACGGAAACCAACGGAAACUGCUUAAAGAACCUGACGUCCAACUACAACACGUCUGACCUUGACCCUUAUCUCAGUGACCUUGCAGGUCAAGUGUAUCCACCGGACAAACAGUGCGAGAUGGAAGUCGGUCCCAAAUCAGCCUUAUAUCGAGCUGUCUACAGCUCCAACUUCAGCAGCAUUUGUACGACGAUGGCAUGCUCUAUACCGGGCUCGAACCAAUACAGUGCAAAAAUUGCCUUCGAUGGGACGACGUGUGGGAGCGGGAAAAUAUGUCAGAAAGGAGAGUGCGUGUCUAUGGAAAAAGCGCCAAAGUUUUCAGACGAGAUGUGCCCGUUCGGUGAUACACCGUAUUCUCUCCACGGAUCGACUGAAACGUGCUUACAAAAGAUGGGCACCGUAGAUACGUCCUAUCACUGUUACAUAGAUGAAGACAGAAAACAGUGCUGCGCAACCUGCGAGAAGCAUCGUUUGGACAAUAUAAAAAUAUCCGGGUGCACCUACGGCGAUAGAAUACCCUGUUCCGGUCUCGAUCUCAGCACUUGCUACACUUAUGAGAAGGAUCAGUGUUGUCGGUCGUGUCCGGGAAGAGCUCUCACCAUUCCAAAUUGCAAGUAUGGAGACCCAGCGAACAACUGCGAUGUUGGAAGCUGUUCCCAGUAUACAGCAGAGGACAGAACAAAGAAUUGCUGUCAGACGUGCGCCGUGACAACAACAACGACAGCGCCAACAACAAAACCAACAACUAGAGCGACGACACCCGUGAUUCGCAAGAUGGCCGUUACCAUGGUGUUCGCCGUCAACACAUCCGCGGUUGACUUUCGCAACACAACGUCCCCGUCCUAUACCAACCUGCGCAAUGAUUUAACUAAAGAGCUGACAAGUGUCUACAAGAAGAAAAUGGGCGAUGGCGUUAAAUCUAUAACAAUCAUUAGCAUGAGAUCCGGAAGUUUGAUCGCAAGCUACGAAGUGAAUUACAUCGACAGCCAGUCAUCAAAUAUGAAGUUUACCGAAGCUAAUAUCGGACUCGUGUCAGGCGAUCAAAUCAACGUUUUGAACCAGAGUGCGUCGGCAUUGUCCGUGCAAGUUGGCAACACUAGUGUUACCAAGGAGACUUUGAGUGAGAAAUUGUGUCCUCUGUUCGAGACCAGCGGAGGAUGUGGACAGGGGUCUCACUGUGAGAACCAGGCAGGCAAACCAGUCUGUGUGCGGGAUGAAUCUUCAGGUGGAAUUUCGGAAGACGUGAAGAUCAUCAUCAUCGUCAUAGUGUGCUCUAUUGGAGUCUUGGUUAUCAUUCUCCUCAUCAUUGCCUGCGUUGCUCAUGCUAAUCGUGCACGCAAACCCGGGCAACGACGCAGGAAUCACGAACGACACGUAUCUAAGAUGACGGACGAAUUCAAUGGGUCCCAAAACUAUCAUGUGUACGACAACCCCAUAAUGACACAGGAGCCUAGAAGGUCUCGGCGCUCGGAUGCACGACCUUAUGCGAUACCCGCCUACGAGUAUCCCGUCGCUGUAUCAAAUGGAAACGUCAGACAUUCUAGACGAACGUAAUUCUCCAGCAACAAAUACCAACAUGUGUUCAGUUUUUGCUCGAUGAUGGACGUCACUAAUUGCUGGAUGAUUGCCAAGUAUCGUGUUACAACCAUUAUAAUUAUGCAUGAAAUGACAAUUAAUAUGCACUGUUCA